CGCCCCUCACUGAGCUUCCCACCGCACCAUGUUGGGCCAAAGUGUCCGCAGGUUCACCACCUCCGUGGUCAGUCGCAGCCACUAUGAGGAAGGCCCGGGAAAGAAUUUGCCGUUUUUGGUGGAAAACAAGUGGCGGUUACUGGCAAUGAUGACUGUGUACUUUGGAUCUGGAUUUGCUGCUCCUUCAUAA